AUGGCCCAUCGAAGCGAUACAGAGAACAGGGAGAUCGAAGUGCUACAGCACGACCAGACAGUUGAGGUGGUUCAGCCUCACGAUCCUUUCCUAAGCAGCACGUCCACAAUCAAUAGCACAGCAACUUUGUUUCCUCGGGCUGAAGAUUUUACGAACGCAUUCACCUUUGAACAAACCACGAGUAACGCGACGCGUACACCGUUCCAGUUUCAGCAGCGUGCUCGCGACGCCGCAGCCUCCACGCAAAUCACAAACAGAAUCUCCGCAGGUCGAACAUCACGCACGUCUGGCUUUCUAGACCGCUUGCGACGUACACGCAGAGACGAGCGGGACAGCAGGGGUAUCGAGAGCUUCGAGAAGGCCGAUUACUGGCGUGAAAGACGAGAAAGAGAGGCUAGAUUGAGAAGGGAAGCACAACAACAAGACGGACCACUCUCUGAUAUUGUCGAGAAGAUGGACAUUGAGCAAAUAGAUGAUCUUGAGGAUGCGGAGUUGAGUCCAGUCGACGAAGACCAAGAGGUGGAAGAACUAGUCCAUGCGUACUUUGACAGGGGACAGCAGCUGCGGGGAGAAAACGACCAGAUGUUUGCAGAGAGAAUCGAUCAGCAGGAUGAUAAUUUCGAGAUUGAUGACGAUUCAGCCUACGAGGAGGUCUUUAUGGAAGUGUUGAGUCAAGAGCAUCGGCCAAGAUUUGCAGAGCAUACGGGUCAUGUAAACAUGGCACACGGACCAUCAGAGCAGUCAAACGGUGGUGAGAUGGAUAUAUCAUGA